AUGGAUCCGUGGAGGGGAAGGCAGCUCAGUUUUGUCGUCCUCUCCGCGUUGUGGAUUCUCGCCUCGGCUGUGACAAGAUACUCCAUCCCUGAAGAAAUUCCAGUGGGCACCGUGAUCGCAAAUAUUGCCACGGAUUUGGGCCUUGACGCUCACAGUCUGUUGGAAAGAAAGGUAAAGCUGGAUUAUAUUCAUAGCAAAAAAUACCUAGAAAUAAACAAAGACACUGGGGAACUGUAUAUCGCUGAGAAAAUUGACCGGGAGUAUUUAUGUCCGGCCAAAGCAUCAUCGUUUUGCUUUCUCAAGAUGGACGUGAUAAUUGAGAAUCCAAUACGCAUAUUUAAUAUCGAAUUGGAAAUUAUGGACAUCAAUGACAACGCGCCUCAGUUCAGAAGGGAGAGAAUAUCACUCGAUGUUUCGGAAUCGGCAACACCUGGAGAGAGAUUUUCUAUAACAAACGCGGUGGAUGCUGAUGUUGGAGAGAAUUCAAUCGAGACCUAUUAUCUGAGUGACAGUGACACGUUUACGAUUGAAAUCCAGUCUGGAAGUGACGGGACUAAAUAUGUCGACCUGGUGCUAAAAGCAAGUUUGGACAGAGAAAAGCAAGCCGUUCAUACACUAACCCUCACCGCCGUGGACGGUGGCGUACCUGCGCGCUCAGGAACGGCCAGCAUUAUCGUUCAAGUGCUGGACACCAAUGACAACGCCCCUCAGUUUGAUCGACAAGUCUACUCGGUUGAUCUCAUUGAAAACGCACCAAUCGGGACACUGAUUAUGCAGCUGAACGCAACCGAUUUGGAUGAGGGUGUCAAUGCGGAGGUCAUAUACUCUUUCACUUUAUACACAUCUGAGGAAACACAAGAAAAGUUUUCUUUGGAUCCCAGCAGUGGAGAAAUAAGAGUUAAAGACAUGAUUGAUUUUGAAGAAGUGAAGAGCUUUGAGAUGUAUGUUGAAGCCAAGGACAAGGCCGUGAAUCCACUUUCUGGUCAGUGUAAAAUUUUAGUGUUCAUCACCGAUCUAAACGAUAACCAUCCUGAGAUUACGAUAAAAUCUUUUCAGUGUUUGAUUAAAGAAAAUGACCCUGUAGGGACAGUGAUCGCUGUCAUCAGUGUGAGCGACAGGGACUCUGGGGAUAAUGGUAAGGUUGUUCUCUCCAUCCACAAUGCUCCAUCCACAAUAUUACCGUUUGCUCUUAAUAAGUCAUCUGAAGACUUUUUUGAGUUAACAGUCACAGAAUCACUCGACCGCGAGGUCAAAAACAGUUAUGAAAUCACACUUCAUGUGACUGACAGAGGAACCCCUCCUCUAACCGAUAAUGAAACAAUCAUUCUUACAAUUCAAGACAUUAAUGAUAACGCCCCAUCGUUCCCUCAGUCCCUCUAUACCAUUCAUCUAAUGGAAAACAACGAACCCGGGAUGUUGCUCGCAUCUUUAACCGCCCAUGACCCAGACUUGAACGAAAAUCAGUAUCUUGUUUACGUCAUCAUAGAAAAGGAGAUCGCCAACACGUCAAUGUCCAUGCUGUUUUCCAUCAAUCCCGAGAACGGCAACCUCUACGCGUUAUGCACAUUUGACUAUGAAAGAGAGAAGGAGUUUCUGUUUCACAUUGAAGCUAGAGAUUCUGGACUCCCUCCUCUUAGCAGUAAUGUGACUGUACACAUCAUCAUCCUGGACCAAAAUGACAACACGCCACUUAUAGUUUCUCCAUGGCGUCCGCAAGGUGCUGUUAUAGAAGAAGUAAUCCCAAGGUCGAGCGAUAAAGGAUCCCUGGUCACCAAGGUCAUUGCGUUGGAUGCCGACUCCAUGCAGAACUCUCGUAUUACUUAUCAGUUCCUCCAGAUCACAGACACCACACUCUUCAGCCUUGACCAGUACAACGGUGAGAUAAGAACCACUCGCAUGUUCAGUUACAGAGACCCCAGACAUCAGCACCUGGUCAUCAUAGCCAGAGACAACGGAGAUCCUCCUCGCUCCGCCACGGUGACCAUCAAGAUCUCCACGGUGGAGCAAGUGGUCACGCAGUUUACUGAAACCACAGAGGUGCCUAUCGAAUAUGACCUGUUCACUGAUCUCAACCUGUAUUUGCUGAUCGGUUUGGGGUCAGUGUUGUUUCUUCUGCUCAUAACCAUCCUGGUGAUCAUCGUGCUGAAAUGUCAAGAACCAGAACCUUCACAAGCGGCUCCUCAGGGUAGGAACAGUAUCAUCAGCCAGAGGAACUCCUCCACCAUCGCUGACUCUACUCUCAUCUCUAGUGAUGCCUACUGGUACAGUCUGUUUCUGGCAGAGACUAGAAAAGGGAAGGUGGUGGUGCGGCAGCCACUUCCCAACGGAGCAGGGUUCAUUGUGUCAAGCAUCCCAGGAAGUGCUGCACUGACUGAGACCAGUGCUUCAAGGUCUUCCACUUUACAGGAGUCAAGCAGUGAUUUACCGUGAUCUGGACGUGCUGACUGAUGGAUUACAACCUUCCACACCAGGCUCUCUGUCCAUGAGAGACAGAUUGAUCUUUUGUCUUUUACUGAUUUUCAGGGUUUCAUUCGAUUCAAGACUGUGAAGAAUCAAAGUUUUCAAACACCUCUGCACUACAUUUUUAAUAUUCUUUCAUAUUUUGUAUUCAUUCCUAUAAUUAAUCAUUUAAUUUAUAUUUAUUCAUUUAUAUUACUUAUAAUUUUCUAUGCUCUUGCAAUGCUUGUGUCAGACUAGGCAUAAAGAAAGACACAACUCAGAUUAUUCAGUUCCUUCUGUUGAGUUAUUUUGACCAUCACUUCUUCUUCCGCUUCCUGUUCUUCGUGUUGCCUUUUUGGCUAAUAGAAGAAUUAACUUUUAAUUGACAUUUUGGAUAUCAAGACCAACAUUGUAUGAGAGAGAGAUUCAGUGCAGCUUUGUGGCAAUUUAAGGCUGGGUCUAACAACUGUAUAUCAGCCACUUUUAACCACAUUGAGCAUGACUUUGCAUGGCUAAGGCAAACAAGAUGGACUUUUUGUAUCUAAAAGACCUCUGAAUAGACUACUACAGAGGAAAGAGAGAAGUGAUACUUCACGACUACAAGAACAACUGGACUGUCUGGUUCUAGUAAGAUAUGAACUAUAAAACAGCUGGUAAAGAGAUAAACAGAAGGUCAAGACUGUUAAAUGGUUCUGAUAUUAAAGAGCAGGUCAUAUGGUAUUUUAAAGUGUUCUGAUAUUGUGUUGGAGUCCACUACAACAGGUUUAAAUGCAUCUGCUCUGAUUGGUCACCUGGACAAGCCUGUUGUGAUUGGC